AUGUCGAAACGCGACGCAAGGUUCAGCACAGAUGUGCUCAUCGACACGACGCCGAUGCCCGACCAUAUACCCAAAGUCGAAGAAAUCGGGGCCAGCUCAGCGCCGCUACUGAGCGCAGCGUACUUCAUUGGCGCAAGAUGUAAAGCCUACAAUGACGACUACAUGCAGUGUAAGACCGAGUCAUAUGGCCGAGGAGAGCUGGAUUGCAUGAAGGAGGGCAGGAAGGUUACGAGGUGUGCGGCAAGCGUGCUGGCCGAUAUUAACAAGUCCUGCCUGGACGAGUUCCGAGCACACUGGUCCUGCCUGGAAAACAACAACCACCAGUUAUGGCAGUGUCGACGGCCGGAGAGAGUGCUGAACAAAUGUGUUUUCCAAAAGAUUGGCCUGGAGAAGACGAUACCCGACACACCGAAAGGACAGACACCCAUCCACCUACGAGACAAGCAGUUAUUUGCAGAUUAUCCUACAGUGGUCAUGCCAUGGGAGAAGGAUGUGGGGAUUCGAAAGAAGGAUGCAAGUCAGCCGCAAUAA